AUGUCCCAUGGAAUAGAUGCCAUGAUGUAUGCUGAUGAUUCUCAACUUUAUAUUUUUCUGAAUCGUAAUAACCGCAUUAUCGCAACUGAAAAGAUGGAAGCCUGUAUUGACGACGUUAUGAAUUGGAUCACUUGCAAUACGCUUAUGGGUAAUCCAUCAAAGACGGAAGUAAUUCAUUUUUAUCCACGUUACAUGAAACCUGAUUGUCCUCUUCGUCCCAUCAAAGUAGGAGGGCAUGAUGUACAACCCGUAAACAAAGUAAAGGAUCUAGGAGUUACACUCGAUUCCUGCCUUACUUUCAAAGUGCAUAUUAAUAACAUAUGUCGUUCGGCUUCACAAUCAAUACAUCAAAUUGGUAAAAUAAGAAAAUAUCUUUCACGAAAGGACACCGAAAGUCUUGUUCAUGCUUUUAUUUCAUCCAAACUUGACUAUUGCAACGGCGUGCUCUACGGCCUUCCUUCUUGUGAAUUACAGAAGUUGCAAAGGCUACAAAACACUGCUGCCAGAUUAGUCGUCAGAGAAAGGAAAUCUGCGCAUAUAACACCGGUACUUUCUAAUCUCCACUGGCUUUCUGUGCAACAACGAGUGACUUUCAAACUCCUUUUGGUGACCUAUAAAGAUCUUAAUGGCAUUGCCCCUUCGUGCAUCACCGAUCUACUUCGUCGUCAUAUCCCUGCCCGUACUUUGCGCUCCAGCAGUCAAAAUUUGUUAACUGUGCCUAGAGUGAGAACAGAGACAUAUGGCGAGAAGUCUUUUUCCUGCGCUGCUCCGAGACUCUGGAACAAUCUUCCUGACUCUAUUAAGCAAAGUCCAACUAUCGAUGAGUUUAAGGCAAAGUUGAAAACAUAUCUUUUUAGGAUAGCUUUUACUGAGUAACUGUUUUUAGAUUUUUAGAUUCUUGUUGUAAAAAGCAUUGAGACUCAUGUAUAAUGCGUUUUAAAGAACAAUUAUAUUAUUAUUAUUAUAAGCCCACCACAUAUAUUAACGCUCACCUCAUUCCAAAUAUAAGCCCCUCCCCCGAAUAUAAGCUCCCCAAAUACAAGUCCCCCGAAUAUAAGCCCAGUAGCCCACAACGUUAUUCAACAUUGACAUUGUCUUUUAUUAUAGCAGAGAACGAUAUUUAAAACAUUGUCGUUGACUCAUUGUCUUUACAGCCGACUAUGUUAAUCAAAGCGCGUUAUUAAAACAUGCUUAUUUUCCUGUUGAUGACUGACUUGUUUAUGUCUGACUUCUUUACUACUAACACAAAAGAUCGUCCAUGUAUUAGACCCCGUAUAUAAGCGCCCCCCCCCUUGCCCCCCCCCCUUGUAUAAGUCCAUCAAAAAUCGCUUACGAAAGUAUAUAAGUCGGAGGUUUACGGUAUUAAAACAUUUGACAUGCAAAUCGAAGCAUGUAAACUUAAAACUUUAUUUGUCAAUAUUUGGUGCUCUGAGCCUCGGAACAAAUUGUGGUUCCCACUUUGCAAUAAAUAAUACUUCAUGUAGGCUAUCAUGUCAUGUGAUCUCGUUGAAAAUUAUUUCAGCCAUUUUUCUGAAUUUUUGUCGUAACGUUGUAUUUUUUAUUUCUAAUUUUUAACAGAAUAAGAAAUGGAAUUAUCGAUUUGCUCCUUGGAAAAGGAACACGUUCCUUGCUUUUGUAAUUAAUUACGUUUUUCGUUACAUUUCUAAAAACGUAAUUAAUUACAGGUUAUAAUUACAUCAAAUGUAACGAGUACACAGUAACGCGUUACACUAGCUGUUAUCGUAAUUGAAUACGCUGCUGCGGCGAACCAGCGGUAUCUCAGUGGAAGUACGCACGAAAACGAGGCUAAAGGGUCAAAAAACACAAAACAUGACACUAUAACCUCGUCUCCAUGUCAAAAUAAUGCAGAUACCGCUGGUCCGUAGCAUAGACGUAUUCAAUUACAAUAACAGCUUUUGUAACGAGUAUUUACAGCCCUGGUGAAACGAUUUUCCAAGCUUUCUUACAUGUAUUUUUUUUAUUUUUUGCCUUCUUCACUCCUGGCAAACAGCCAUAUUUUGAGAUCAGCGAUGACCACCCACUCAACACCGUUGGUCACGCCCGCGAUCAUUGAAGAACUUUAAACUUCACUUUAAAUAGCCGGGCGGAAUUAGUACCCUCGCCCGGAUUUACGCCCGGAACGGCGCUCCGCGCCGUUGGCUCGGGGACAAUAUCCUUGUGAUGAAUGUGCUAAAUCCCCUUCUUAAUAAUUGAAAGCGUACUAUCUUGUGCUUUAAAUUUACUAAGUGCCAAGUGGUUUAUUCAAACUGCGUUGGGAUAUCUUUGGAUAUUUAAAGUGCUUAUGAAACGAAAUUUUCACCUGAUUUUUUAUUGUUUUGCUAAAAAGUACUGCUAGAGCGAGGAAGAAUGACGUUUACAGUUUCUUCAUAUCUCAUCUCAUUCUCAAGUUAUCGCACUUUCUAAAUUUUGACUUGUGACGUCACUAGUUUGACUUGAGAUAAUGGCAAUAACAAGAAUAUCUGAUAUCUUAGUGAGUAUUUAAUAAAAUUCAAUGAAACUUGGUACACUUAGUGGGUGCACCCAUAUGAAUAUUUUUGGCAGGUCAUGUGGUUGUCAUGGCAACACACUAGUCUCCAGCCUCUUCUCUUCCUUUUCACAAAUUUCCUCUUGUAGACCUCUUGCAGAGGAUGUUUGCAUAUUAUAACGGCUUAAACUGAUCUCAAUACCUACACGUAUUAUAGUUAUAAGCGACAAUUGCAGAAAUUAUUAUUUAUUUCGUUGGAAAUGGAUCAUAUGGAAGUUGGAAGAGAAGGGACUGGGGACGAGUGUGUUGCCAUAACAACCACAUAAACAAGCCAAAUUGUUCACUUCGUUGCACCCACUAAAUGUGCCAAGUUUCAUUGAAUUUUAUUAAAUGAUCAUCAAGAUAUCAGAUGUUCUUUGUUAUUGCCACUAUUUUGAGUCAAACUAGUGACGUCACAACUCAAAAUAUAGAAAGUGCGAUAACUUGGGAAUGAGAUGAGAUACGCACAAACUGUAAACGUCAUUCUUCAUCAUUUAAGCAGUACCUUUUAAUAAGACAAUAAAAAUCGAGGCAAAAAUUUCGUUUCAUAAGCACUUUAAUAAUCCAUUAAUUAAGCUGCAAUGUGCCUGGGUUUAUUAGUUUACUCUGUCUAAUGCCAGAUAUAAUUUUGCUCUUGAAGGGGAGAGUCUGGCAUGACCAGUAAUGAGUUAAUAUCAAAUCUGGUUAUACAAGUCCGGACAUGCAUAAUUUAGUACACGUCAGGUAACCAAUAUUUUACCAGGCUUCAGUCAUAACAUGAUGCCAGUUAAGUUUAUCCAAGGUUCACUCGCAAUUCCAACACAAGGGACACUUCCCUAUCCCUAACUAUUUUCUGAUAUUCUUUAUGCCAAGUCUUGCAUAUUCCUUAUUCUUCUAUAACAAAACAGCGAAUAUAUUGUAUUCCCUUUUCUCCACAAAUAUUCAAUAUUCCUUAAAUUUUAAAGCAAUGUUCUUUAUUCAAUAUUCAGCUUCCUCCCAGGAACAAAGGGACAAAUAUUGAACUGAAAAAUGUUUUGUUUAGGUAAUAGUAGAUAUCUCUAUAAGCUCAAUUUGGAAAAUUGUUCAAGGAAUGGGUGCAAUUUGAAAAAUUCACAAGUGUUUAUUCAAAUUGAAUGAGAAAAUUUGUUAUCAUUUGCAUGCUUAUUAAUUAAAACACUUGGAAAUUAGUAAUUUAAUUACUCUCCCAUCUGAAUGUCACAAGUGUCAGAAGUCAAAACUUAAAUCAAAAGUGUCUUUCAUUUUGGCACUUGACACAUAAUUCUUAUUUUUGGUGAACUUAAAUGAUGUGUAAUUUGCACUUCAUAUGGCUGAACUACAGUGACAGAAAUUCACUUUUUCUGAUGGGGGGGGGGGGGGCAAGCCCCCCUAAAUUUCCAACAAAAACUUUCCGGGACUUCUAACCCCCCCAUUUGCACUCUAAAGAGGCCCACCAAGGGGUUAUGACCGACAGGCGACAUUCCUUAAAAAGAGGUGACAGACUAUCUAAAAAAGAGCAAUAAAUGACAUCUCCUGGCUGGGAAAAAGCGACAAAUUCUGAUUUGUGUUAUGGGCCAAAAGUGACAGCGACAUUUAUUACAAUAAAACAAGCGACAAAGCAGCUACAAAAUGAGUGACAAGCAACCUGGAUCACACCCUCGGUGGGCCUCUCUAAAAGGCCCUCUUUUAGGUCAAAUUUGUGUGUGGGGGGUGCACCCCCCAAGAUUUCCGCCACUGCUGAACUACAAGAAUGCUGGGUUUGGUGAAUAAUCCAAGUGAGCAUAUAAUAUACACACUGGAAUUAUAAGUAUACGAAAACAUCUUUCAAGUUCACCUUCCCACACACCCGUAAAUCUAUAUAUACAUGAAGUUGUGGUUACAGCUCAACAAGUGGCCUCUGUAUAGCUCAGUUGGUUAGAGCGCUGCACCGGAAUCUCAUGGCAGCAGGUUUGAUUCCUGCCAGAGGAACUAUAUUGUUGCAUUUUUCUCAACCGUUCCUGGUUAGGUCUAAAUUGUGUGUGUAUAUAUAUGCUCACUUGGAUUGUCCACCAAACCCAGCAUCCAGGGUUCGAAUUAACAAAAAAUCACUAUUCAACCUGAGAAGAUUUCACAUGUGAAAAAGUAAAACGGAUAACAUUGGAAACGUUUGUUUUCAAACAAUUCUUUGUGUAUUUUGAGGGAAACAUUCUCUCAUAUGCGCUGAUAUUUCUGAAUAGACAAUAAAAUUGCGCCUUUCCUAAUGGCCUCAAGAUGUGUUUUGAUUUAAUGUUUUAAUAUGAUAGGCUGGCAUUAUAAAAAUGUGUCAAAAUCCACUUAGGAAAAGGUCAAAUGUCAUGCAACGUUCAUGCAACUGUAAUCAGAUUAGAAUUUCACAAUCACUUACUAUGUUUAAAACCCAAAUCAAAAUGUUCAAUAACUUUCUAGUUUAAUUCAUGAUGUGUAGUAUGCGAUGUAUGCCAGUUUCUUUUUUUGCUUCUGAGCUUUGCCAUGUUUACUUUUAUAUGUACAGUAUUUUGUUUGUACUUUAAUUUACUCUAACUUUGAAUAAAUAUGCAUUUUAAUUUUAAUAACUCUUUUAGAUAUUGCGCAAAUUUUUACGGGUGAUAUUGGAAAUUGAAAUGAUUUAAUUUUACAUCUUCGUUUUCUCUCGUUGUUGCCAAAAAAUAAAGACUGCUGAAUCUUUAUUAUUAUAACAGCCUUUCUGGUUGAAGAUCGAAUGCUCAAUCCUUUUUUAUUGUACAGUGGUGGAAAUUCGCUAUUCACUUUUUAUUGCACGAGUCAAUGGGUAGAAAUUCGCUAUCCACUUUUAAAUAUUUAAUUCGAACCCUGCCAGCAUCCUUACUUUUGUCCCUGUAAUUUCAUGUUUUGGCAUUGUAUUUCCCUUUUGGCACUGUGAAAUUUCUUUACCAUAUAGGUAGAUAGGCUGGCAAUGCCAAAAACAUGCCAUAUUUGAGAAAUGGCAGGCAAAAAUAAUUUUGAACUGCAAAGUUAAAAUGGCAGGCGAAAUUCUAGAUAUUGUUUCACCUCAUUUGCUUACAUAUAGUGAUUUGCACAAUGGAGAAUGGUUAAAAGUUAAAAGAGACCGUUUAGGCCAGGGAAAAUAUAUGUGUAAGAAGUACAUGAAAAAAUCUAACACUCAUUUCUUUCAUAACAAAAUGGGACCAUUUUGGCAGUUCAAAAUAUAAAUUGCAGUUAAAUUUUUUUUUUAAUAUUCGGGUUUUUUAAUAUUUAUUCGAGGUUGCAAGAUAAAAUCAGAAAACAAUGAAUAUAUUUUUUCUAUUUCGAGUCCUGGACAUACCUGUAUAAUUUUAUUUAAUUUCUUUGCGUAGGAUAACCCUGUGCACAAUCUUAACCUUGCUUUUGAAGUGGCUGAAAAACAUUUGGACAUACCCAAAAUGUUGGAUGCUGAAGGUACAAAAAUUCUUGUGAUGAUAAUCUUAUUAUUUAAUAUUAACUUUCUCCCUCAAUAUAUAACCCCCUACCAUGGCCACGUUUACUGUGUAUUUUAUCUACUGAAUGCAUUUCUGCCUAAUUGAUCACAUAGCUUCUCUUCUUUAAACACCUCUCCCCAAAAGGUCGUUCUUUUGAAAGUUAAUAACAAUAUACCUGCCAUAAAUAAGCCUCUUUGGGGGCUGAGGGCCAGAGCUUACUGUCAAUGCAAUAGAAGUGUUGGUAAAAUAUUGCACCAAUUCCUUUCCUCAAGUUGAUCAAUUCAUUUGAUAGAAAAUUGAUCAACUUCCUGUUACUUCUAGAUGAGGCAAUUAGAUUUCGUUUCAGAACCGAUUAACCAAUAGGAAACGCACAGAAAGUAAAAAGAAAUUUGAAUUCGUAUGUAUUGAUCAACUUGAGGAAAUAAAUUGAUGCAAUAUUUUAUCAACACUUCUAUUGCAUUGACAGUAAUAUAGCAUUUCCAGUAAUGAAUCUGGACAUUGGAGUGGUAGUGCUGUGCAUCCGAGGCUGGAGUUCUGCCAGCAGUUUUUGGUCAGCUGAAGCUAGAGUUGCAGUGCUUUCUCCAAGUUCCACCUUGACCUGGUGGUGGUCGUUGUGACAUGUAUUUCAAUAUUUAUUAUUUAGAAAUGGCAAGUAUGGAGAAGCCGGAUGAACGUGCUGUGAUGACCUAUGUCUCUUCGUAUUAUCAUGCUUUCUCAAGCUCUCAACAGGUAUUUGAAUAUAUGAUAAUGUUCAUAAUCAUUAUGAUUAUUCAUGUAAAUAGGACUGGGCUGAUACCAUAAUGAUAAAUUCAAAUCCAAUACAUACGAGAUACUGUAUGUGGGCUAAUUGGUCCAUAUAUCUGUAGUUGCUCAUUAGGACAAAUUAUGUCAUUAAAGAUGAGGUCAAUUCUGUUCUGCGCAUGUGCCAUGUGAGGAUGCUAUGUCUGGUGUAAACAAUACCCAAAUUUCGUGUUGUUUUCAUAUCUUCUAAAUUGAAACACUAAUCUAUAUCCAUUUAAAAGCAUAUAGCAAUUCAGAACGAUAUUAGAUAUUAACUAAGUGCAUUAUAUUUUAUGAAUAUAAUGUCUUCAAAAUGUAAACAAACUGCGCAUCUGCUGAACGCACAGCAAGUUUUUUUUAUAAGUUUAUACCUUCUCAUAUGCGCACCCAAAAACACUGCGGAAGAACGUCUGCGCAUGCACCAAAUUAUGAAAAUAUGGCGGGUAAUUUGAAUAUCAAUUUCUAAAACAAAAACAUGCUUAUUAAUUGGUCAAAAAUUAGUAAAACAAACGAGAAAAUAUAGCAAAUGGGUAGACUAGACAUUAAUUGAAAGCGUCCUGGCAUUUAAAGUAUGGAAUGAAAUAUAAUUUAUGUAAAAAAUUGUUGAUUUUAACGGACAGGACUUCGAAAAUUUUUGCAAAAUUAUUCAAAACAAAAAUUAAAACUAAAAAGUUAAGAAAACUCUCGAAAAGUUAAGCUUCUUAACCCACUCAAAUUGUAGAAUAAAUCCUAUAGUUUAAUUAUUGUGAACACGAAAAUUUUUUAUAUUUGGUUUUUUUUUAAAGAAACGUAUCUUAAACGAAAAUUCGGAAAUUGUCGUUGCUUAGUUGAUAAACAAAAUGUUUCAGACGAUAAAUUUGUCAACAAUCACCUUUACUUCAUGUUCUUGUACAAUACAAUUUCUUGAACCUUCUGGCUGUAUUUGACGCACAAUGACGUCACUCCUUUUUACCGCCAUGUUGACCCUUCGGAAACGUUCGGAACAGCUUCUCAUCAAGUUCGCAAUACUAUUACAGGUAAGGUUGACGCAUGCGCAGACGUUUUUCCGCGGUGUUGCACCCAGAAGGUUUUCCUUGACAGACUUUUCAUGACAAGUUUCGCUUGCUUGCAUGUGCAGGCAUCUACAAAUUGAUUGUAUUAUUAUUAUUGAAUAACUAUAUUUGUCAUGUUCAUUUUUGGGAUGGGAUGUCUUGUAAUGUGACGGGAAUAUGAAGGACAUUUAUCAUUAUAACAAUAAAGAACAAGCACUGAUGAAGAUCCGGGCUUACGGAUCGAAAGCUUUGCAGUAAUAAAUUUACGUGGUGUUUCCACAAACAAAACUAUUAUAUUUUAUCACCAUGCAAACAUACAAAGAACGUAAUAAAGAGCAUGCAUGCCUACUGUAAACUACAGUAGGCAUGCAUGUAAAAUGUUCGAAAAGACAAACGAAUUGUACAUCGAAUUCUACUGUUCUGUGCUAUACUGUACUGUACUGUACUGUACUGUACUGUACUGUACUGUACUGUACUGUACUGUACUUAUAAAGAAACAAUUAUCGGCUUAUCCCUACAAUACAAUAUCAUGUACACUCUUCCAUGGACCAGUGUAUUGUAUUGCAAUGUCUUUUUCUAGGCUGAAACCGCAUCAAAGAGAAUCUGCAAAGUAUUGGACGUGAACCGGGAAAAUGAAGGCAGAAUGGAAGAAUAUGAGAAACUUGCCAGUGAUGUGAGUAGAUUGUUUUAUAUAUAUAUAUCGUAUAUCAGUUCAAUGUUGUACAGUGUGAUCCUAAUCAUGACCAUGUUCCAUCUCUAUAGCUAUUGGAUUGGAUCAACAAAACCAUGCCUUGGCUUCAAGAUCAAACAUCAGAUGGUACCUUACCUGGAGUAAAGGUUAGCCGUUAGCAUAAUGUGUAUGAUGUCUUAGAUGUCAGUCGUAGCUGAACUGUUGUAUCCAAAAAAUAUUCAAACACUAUCAUGAGGUUUUGAUAACACUGUUUCUGGCAUCUUAGGAGAUUUUCUUAGUAAAGAACACAAUUAUAGCCUAAUCACACAGAGGUGGAAAACGUAUUGGAGCCUAGGAACCUACAUGUAGUUCCCAUAAUUUUUUGGGGAUCAACAUUUUUGCAGAACUUUUCACAGACAAUUUUUUAUGUUUUAUGGCUAAUUCUCAAAAUUACACUAAUUAUAUAGAAUAAUUAAUAUAUAAAUUUCUAGAUACCUAGUUAUUGAAAUGAUUAAACACCUACGGUAAUUAAUCUACUAACUCGAUACCUAAAUUACAGCGGAAAAGUUUCAUAAAAAAUAUUCAUAUACAGUAGCCGUCAGUAGGAAAUUUGUAAAGACUAUAAAUACUAGAGGUGUGCAUCGGAUCGGAUUGGAUGUGUAUAGCCCGACAAUUGACUAAUGUUUAAAAUCCGUUCCGAAAUUGUCUAAUCCGAUCCGAGUUUUGAUAAAGAAUUCCGAUCCGAUCCGAAGAAUCCUUUAAUAAAAUAAAUUUCUCAUUCAAGUAGAAAUUUAACCAAAUAAAUAUAAAAGGAAGAAAUACGUGUCAAGAAGCUGACGAAGUGACGUCCAAUUGAAUUAUCAAACGAAUGAUACAGCGACAACCGCGUUGUCGUGGAUAAUUAAUUCAUUUUAUUUCGAAUAUCGAAGUCCGGUCCGACUACGAAACAACUUUAUCAAUCCGAUCCAAUCCGAAAUGAAUAUUUUUGUUCCGAAAUCCGAACGAAUCCGAUCGGAUUUGCACGCCUCCAAUAAAUACUACGACUACUUCAGGAUUUAUCUUGUAUGCCUUGUCAGUCUUAAAGACAUCUUGUUUCACACGACAACACUGGGUGUUGUGACAAUCUUGUUAUUUUCUCCUAUUUACUGUAAACUUUUGCAAAAAAAUUUGAGCCCUAAACCCAACUUCCCAAGAUUAACUAUUGGGUACGAUGAGUAAUGUUUGGUGCAUGUUGUUUAUUUUAUAGAAAAAGUUGGAAGAAUACCGUAAAUAUCGUGGUAAUGAGAAGCCACCUCGUGUGGAAGAUAAAGCAAACCUGGAAACGUUGUUCAACACUUUACAAACGAAACUGCGUUUAAACAAUCGUCCAGCCUAUCUUCCAAGUGAAGGGAAAAUGAUUAAUGUGAGUUGUUGUUGUUGUUAAUGCUGUUGUUGCUGUUGUCAUUGUCAUUGGUGUUACUGUAUCUGUGGUGAUGAGGUUGUUGUUGUUGUUGUUGUUGUUGUUGUUGUUGUUGUUGUUGUUGUUGUUGUUGUUGUUGUUGUUGUUGUUGUUGUUGUUGUUGUUGUUGUUGUUGUUGUUGUUGUUGUUGUUGAGAUCCGAGGAAACCUUAUCUGCAAGUGAAUAUUAAAGCUAAAAGUGUCACAGUGUAUUUUUGCAGUAUUCACCGACCAGAUUUAAUAGAUGUCUCUUUUCUAUAACAUUCUCUUUUCUAUUUUCAAACUUUGUACAUUGUUUGCACAUAUUUUUCUCUUCUAUUCAUCAAUUCUCAAGCCGUCAAUCUCGGAGUCAUAUCUUUCCUGUUGCCAAAAUUGACUUUCUCAGGCCCAAUUGCUCCAAAAGGUCCCCUGGUCCCCCGUCGUAGCUCGCAAGUUACGCGGUACCGCUAACUGCAAACGAUUUUUGGUUACCUGCCAAAAAUGUAAAUAUACAGGCAUGUUAUGUGUUCAUGAUGAUGAGAUUGUUGUCGUCGCUUUUGUUGAUGAAUCAUUCGAGACAGCUGACAUGUGAAAAACGGAAAAACUGCUUCGGGAAAGUGUGAAAAUUUACCAUCAAUGAGUGUGGUGUGGUACCCUCUCUUAGGGUGUGGCUAAGAAAGGAACGUCUAGUAGUGGCGCCAACUGCCCGCCUUAUUAUUUACUAAGUAGAGCAUUAUACAUUUUCUUCCUAGGACAUCAACAAUGCGUGGAACAGGCUGGAGGGCGCUGAGAAGGAAUUCCAAGAUUGGUUAUUGCAGGAAUUACGAAGGUAAGAUAGACAUAGAGAUAUUAUUUGAACCAGCAGAGAUGGGGUAGAGACAAAGUGAGCUACCUUCACUAAUAUUUAGAAAUUGCUAGUUCUUUUAAGUUAAAUUGGGCCACUGCUCCACAUUGUAUAGCUGAAGUGUCUAAACCCAUUUCAUUAAUAUAUACACCUGGUGCAGGUUGUUCAAACGUGGAUUAACGCUAACCCUCGGUUCAAGUUUAACCUGCUGUUUUGGUUUGUGUAUUCUGCAUGUCUGUUUAAUUCAAGAAGUCGAAGUAGUAAACUCCUAUCGACCCACCAGCCAAGAUUUGUGAAGAAAUAUUUCCAAAUUUAUAGACAAGCUGUCAGGAAGUUUUCUUAGAAGGUUAACCUAGGGUUUAACCGUUUAAGCCAAUCGGCUUUCGAACAACCGACCCCAGGGAUGGAAAAAAAUAGACGAGCACGCGAGCACUGCUCGCAGGAAAUGUUAAACAGCUGCAGGAAAUUCGUUUGAAUGAAGAUUUGCUAUUGAAAUUUGAAGGAAACCUUAACACCCGUGUCCCACUAUGGGCGCAACAACGUAUGGUUGGCAGACAUUAUUCCUUGAAUUUAAAAUCAUGGUCAGCUAGAACACUAUAUUAUGUUUAUGCACAAUGUGGAUUUAGCACAAAAAUACUCGAUGGUCUCCAGGAAACUUUUGUCUCCAGGUUGUGCUCCCAGGAACCAAAUUCUUUUUUCCUGCCCUGAUAUAUAGUGUAUACACUUUGUUUUCGUGAUCCCAGGAUGGAGAGAUUGGAUCACUUGGCAGCAAAAUUCAAGCACAAAUGCGACAUUCAUGAAGCGUGGACGGAAGGCAAGCCAGAAAUGCUGCAACAAGACAACUACACUGAUGCCAAUCUAGCUGAUAUCUUGGUAUGAUUACUCAAAUUAUUUCGAAAGACCAUAGACGAUCUAAUAAACGCUCACUGUAUACAAUAAAGAUUUUCAAUACAGCUUUGUUUUACAGCUGUGCUGUAACUCAAACUGAAGGAGUGAAUCCUUUAUUAUAAUUAUAGUCCGUUUUACGUACAUGUUACGCUCAGAACUGAGUUUAAAGUCAUUAAAUUCAGUCGAGGGAGGCAGUAUUAGUUCGAGACACGUAAAAACGCGCAAGUUGUAACAAACCUGCAGCAGACUUGUAGCAAUGCUGUUCCAGCAACUUGUCAAAAUGAUGUGUUCGCACUGCUCGUUCGCAGCUUGUUGACAAGUUCUCAACGCCUUGUUGACAACUUGGGCCAAAAAAAAUAUAUGUGGGUUUCCGGUUUCCCGACCCUACCUAGCUUUUGGACACCAAAAUCCCGACCCUAAACUUUUUUAUUGGAUCGCGCUUGUAAGUGUUUCCACUUAGAGGAAAACGUUUAUGGAAAAUGAAAAUUUGAGGCAAUAUUAGGGAAAUUUAUGUUUGGAUAUGGAAGCACUGACUAAACAAAAUGGCGUAAAAAAAAGUUUAAAAAAAAGAUAAAGAAGUUAAAACCGACCUACCCCACCUAAGUUUUUACAAGAGGAAGUCGGAAACCCACAUAUUUUUUUGGGCCUUGUUACAAGUUGUUCCAACGACCUUGUAGCAACUUAAUAAAAUAACAGCAUUGUUACAACUUGUUGAGGUGCUUGUUUCAAGCCUGUUGCGAACACAUCUUGUUGACAAGUUGUGACAUUUUUACGUGUGUAGCGACGAGUUCGAGAUAGACGAGUUCGACCUAGCGCGGGGUUCUUCUGUAUUUCAACAUUUUAAUGUUUUUCCUUUCAGGCUCUGAUUAAGAAACAUGAAGCAUUUGAGAGUGAUCUGGCCGCACAUCAAGAUCGUGUCGAACAAAUCGCCGCCAUUGCACAAGAACUAAAGUAAGUAUAUCGAACAAAAUGGCUUCGUUUAAAUAAACGUUUUUUCUUUGUUGAAGAUUCCACGAAUGUAUAAAUUUAAUUAAGUGUUUUUAAUUGUGCACAAAACUUGAAAGUCCGUUUAUAAGAAGUGCUUGAACGUCUUUGAAUUCUUCUUUCUUCAGUUUUUGGAUAUAUAUUUUCUGAAAAUGUUCGCUUCAUUAAUAUUCAGUAUAUGUCGGUAUGUACGAUCUACACAUGCUCAGUUGAGUUGAGUUGAGGAUUCAUGUAACAAUACAAAGAAUUUUUAUUACUAUCAUAGAGAGCUUUGCAACGAAAAAACAAGUUGCUGUCAAUCAUUAAAAACUUCGUUCGACCCGGACUUAAAUUCUUAAAUUUUUUCAGUGCCCUAAAGUACAGCGAGAUCGACGCAGUAAAUUCACGCUGUCAGGUAAGUCUUGCAGACGUUGAUGUAAUAUACAACGUUUAUUACAGGCGUAUAUUAAUUGAUGGGCGUUUAAAGCGUUUAUUACAGGCGUAUGUUAAUUUAUGGGCAUCUAAAGUGUUUAUAUUACAGGCGCAUAUUAAUUUUUCGGCGUUUAUUAACGCUGGUUUCCUUUGUGUUUUUCUCAUGAAUUAUUAAUUAGUUUGAGAAACACUUUUUUCUGGGAAUAUUCUCUGCGCGGCCAAUAUUUAGUUACGUGAACUAAGGCUAAAUCUUUUAUUUUGUAUCGUAAAACUUUGACCAAUUGAACAGCUGGCAAACUUACAGAUCUUUAUUGUUCGACUAUUUUCAGUCAAUUUGCGAUGGUUGGGACACACUGGGUCAGCUGGCUGUGGAUAGAAGACAAGCCUUGGAGGUAAGACCCUCUCAAUAAAACUAGUUAUUUUCAAGAAGGCAGACUCAUAGUAUUCAACGCUAUUGGGAGACCACCAAAAACAUUCAGCAUUACCCUAGUGUAUGAUAUUUUGUAAUAUCUAGUCGGGAUACAAGCUAGUCAUUCACAGUUUCCAAUUUUUUGAUAACGUUUCUCAAUCGGCAAACAAACUAAAAAGUAUGCAUGUACAGUACUUUAUCCAUAAAAUAAUGAAGAUAUUUUAGAUGGUGUGUGCCAAAGAGAAAAUGAUGUCUGCUUAUAUCGCUAUAAAUAUGCAUGCAUGGCGUCGAUUUUUAAAGCACAGUAAUUGAUAACUCUAUUUUAAUUUUUUACUGUUAUUUUAUGCUCCUCAACCGGCGAUGCAUUUAAAAUUGUAGCCAACUGGAUAAACUAGAAAAUAAAGCUAGAACAAAGUAAUUUUUGGAGGUAUCCCCCAGAAAAUUUUCAAGUUUUGAACAUACCCGACAUAGAAAAAAUUGCUAACUACAACCUGUUUUUAUUACUUAAGAUGUUUUAAAAUCCUUCCUUUGUAGGAUGCGAAAGCUCGCAGGGAACAAAUAGAUAUGCUACGUCUGGAAUUCGCAAAGAAGGCUGCAGUAAGUACCACGCAUAGUUUGUAAGGUCGCUCAUACAUUUCCGUAAUGAAGGUUGCGCAGUAUAGUAUUAGGGCAUGCAUAUUUGGGCUGUUUUAAGAAGAGUUGCAUUGUAGAUUUUCCGGCAAAAUGUUCUUGUUAAGUUUUGGAUUUAUUGGCUGUUAAAGUUACCGGAAAUGACGUCAUUGCAAAUAAGUUUAGUUUUGAUGAGAAAGUAGAAGAAUUCUCUACAUGAAUUUCUAUAUGUCUGCUAACUUUAUAACUGCCUAUAAAUGUAUAAAGAUGACGAUUAUGCUCAUCAAGCUUUGUUCACGGUUUAGGUUGCGACCAUGGACCUAGUCCGUAAUCAUCAGAGAGAACUACGGGAGCAAGGCACUUGUCUGUAGUCACAAUCCUGCCAGUACCUCAUUUUGUCAUUAUAUUCCCGUUUAUUGUAAUUGCCUUUCCAAAUAAAAAAAUAUGGACUUGAUAAGGAAAUUGGUUAAGAUUGAUGUGCAACCACCACCCCCUCCCAGUAAAUCCAUUCUUGAUCCUUGAAAUCCGGAAUAUUUGCACGGUGACAGAAUUUUGGUUGUGUUUUUCUUAAAUAGCCAUUCAAUAACUGGUUGGAAGGAGCCAAGGAAGAUCUCAUGGACAUGUUUAGUGUUCAUACUGUUGAAGAAAUUCAGGUAUGCUUAAGACUUGUAUAUGUUGAAUUAUUUCUCCACGUGACGGUCAAAAAAGUGACGGUCAAAAAAGUGACGGUCAAAAAGUGACGGUCUUACAGUGACGGUCAAAAAAGAACUGCUCAAAAACAUGUUAUUAUUAGACGAACUAUAACAGGAGUCAGUAAAAUCACCCCAACAUAUUAAUAAGGCCGCUGUUACACGAUAUCAGACCAUACUUUCGUAACAAAUUACUUUCCAUAUCAGAUAUGCAUUUCGCAAUUCACUCGAUCGGUUACCCAGCUUUGGUCUUCAAAUUGAUUAUAAAAUAGUCAAGUUCUUUAUUUAAACUGAGAAUUCCUUUUUGUCUUGUGGUUCGUUAACUUGGUUGUUAACAGUAGUAAUAUAACGCAUUUUUUUGCGUCUUAAAAUUGUUUUGUUUACGAUUUAAAAAUUUAAAUCAUGGCUGCGAGACCGGAAAUUUCCCGUGUUUCCAUACAGUUUGAGAAACACGCUUCUCGACCAAUCAGCGCUAACGUACUAUAAAUGUUCUUUUAUACUUAUUUAGGAACUGCUGGAUGCACACGAAGCUUUUAAAGCCAACAUGUCGGCAGCAAACGAUGAAUUCGAUUCAAUUAUGGCUCUAGUAUCUGAAAUGAACGAUUUGGGGUGCACAGAUAACCCCUACACCACCCUCACCCCGGAGGUUUGUUGAUUUUUCCCGUUACUUCGAUUUUUUUCGCAGAUAAUUAUUAGUAGGCACCGAAAAUUAAAUUAAAAUAUAAAGGCUGGUUUUCAAGUCGCCGAUUUCUAUUCUGCGGUUGUCGGCAAGCAUCGUAGGCAGGCGGUUUUCAUUAUCUUUUGAGAUUCCAGCUAAGCAGACUCAGCCUGUGGCUCGUAUAAACAGCCCUAAAUAUCCCCAGUAUAUUAUCAGGGUUUAAAGUAAAUAAUUUGAAUUUAGAUAUAUUUGUAGGCUGUUUGGUGCGUGUAGCUUUUUUGUACCGGCGAUUUAAAAUAGAAUACGCAGGAAUAGAAAUUUUUGUGUUUAAAACGCAUACAACAACAGUCUUUUUAAAUAUCAAGAAGUCUUUUCAAAAAUUGUAUGAUGAAAAUCAAUGUCCAGCAUUAUGCAGGUAAUUAAUUCAAAUAAGCCAGCACAAAAUAAAAUGGGCAUUGAUUUUCAUCAUACAUGCAGUUACGAUUCUCGCCUUGUUCAUGGCUACCAGAAAUUCAUGGCUACCACAAUGCUAAUGCGAUCUUUUUAUGACAAGACAGCAUCUUUUUAAUUCAAAGUUAUAAGUUCAUUGUAUAGACCAAUGAAUCAAGAAGAAAAACUCGCGUUGUUGCUAAUUUAGGAGUCGCCAGCUAGUGCUGUAAAAAUGCCGGUGGCAGCCGGCUGCUAUUUUAAACCCUGUAUAUUUUGUUAUUAUUUUAUUUCCCCUAUGAACAGAUUUUAAUAAUUACAAACAAAUACAGUAUCUUCUUAUGAUAUUUGGCUAGGGACCUACUAGAAACCUUUACAGGCUUUUUUGUUUAGGCCCCUAGUUGUGGUUUAUAAUGAGGUUAAUUAAUAUAUUUACAGUUAAAGUAAUGAAAAAAGUGUUUUUUAGAAUAUAUGCUAUUUACAAAAAAAGGAUGAUAAAGCAGGAGUAUUACAACGAAAGAUAUGUUAAAAUAUCAAUAAAAUAUGCAAGACCAUAUAAUUUUAUAUUGUUGCUGUUUGUAUAGGACAUUCGUCAGAGGUGGUCUGAGGUUCUCGAAUUAGUUCCACAACGUGAAGAUCUUUUGAAGAAAGAACUUCAUAACCAACAAUGUAUCCUUUUCUAUUUCAAUCUUGAAACUAUGAUAUGGAGAAUGGUACAACCCGGACACAACAGCGACAAACUGACCUCGUUGUACCAACUGAAGUAGUAUCCAAGAUAAUACACCUUCAGUUAUUCGGACUAUGAGAAAAUAAAGAGUUUGAGCAAGAGAACGAAUUACAGUACGAUGGCAAAGACGGUCUUGACAAUUUUUGCCCGUCUGCGCAUUAUCGUGCGCAUACUGAGUUUGGGGUCAGUGUUCUACGAAAACUGGUUAUAGAUCCAUGUCUAGCUGUUCACGAAUGUUCAACUAAAUCCAGUUCUUGAAUUCCAUAUUUAGCUUUUUUUGCUAUUAACCAUUCUAAACGCAUACAGCGACUACAAUGUAUACAUAUUUAGUAUAUUGUUAUGUCUUUAACUCGUAUAUCCAGCUAACGAACAACUACGACUAAACUUCGCGAACAAGGCGAACGUCUGUGGACCUUGGAUUCAAACACAAACAGAACAACUUCGAAACAUUGGUGUUCAAAAUCACAAAACUUUGGAGGUAAUGUGCUUGCUAUUCUACUUGCGCGGUUCCAAUGACCCAUUUUGGUUUUCCUGAAACGAGGAUAACCACGGGUUCUGGAUAAUAACUGGAUACUAAUGGCAGUACUUGGACAAUGCUUCCGUUAUUUUAGUAUGCUAUUUAGCUCCUUUAUAUAAGGGGUUUACACCACGAAAACAUUUUCUGCAUGCUCGGUAAUUGCUCCUGUUUCACAAAAAGACAAAGGAUAUAUAAUGGAUUUAAUAAAAGUUAUGUUUGAAACAGCUUUGCCCCAUCAUGAACUUGGAUCCAGGGGCGUAAAUCCUGAGGGUGGGGGACUUGUCGGGGGUGGGGGGACCCCCCUUAAUGUUUGAAAAAGGCGGCCCCGGCCGUUUCUGGAUAUCAGGACAUGCUCUUUGUUGCAUCUGGUUUAUUCUGUGCGUAACAUCUGGGCAACGCAGUCUUUUCUCAAUAGACCUUUCCCCUUUUGAGUGAAAUUUUGAUUUAGACAAGUCUGGACAAAAAUUUCAUCACAGCUUGAAAGAGCAUCACAAAAUUAGUAAUAUUCCGAAGUUUCGUUGCGAAAUGUUGUAAAAUGCGAAUAAUAUAGCCUUGCGAAGUUUGCCGUUUUUCAGGCAUUUUGUAUUACAAAUGGGAAAUUGAUAAUCAGUUUGAUCAUCUGAUUAUCAAUUUCCCGUUUGUAAUGCAAAAUGACUGAAAAGCGGUAAACUUCGCAAGGCUAUAUUAUCCGCAUUUUUUACAACAUUUCGCAACGAAACGUCGGAGUAUUACUAAUUUUGUGAUGCUCUUUCAAGCUGUGAUGAAAUUUUUGUCCAGGCAUAUCUAGAUCAAAAUUUCACUCAUAAGGGGAAAGGUCUAUUCUCGGAACAUUGUUAAUAAUGUUAGGGAAGGUGUAAGAAUGUACUUUAAGUUGUCGUUAACGUCGCCUUCUGUCUUUUAAGGAUAACCUCAAAGUACUGCAAAGCUUUGAAAAGACGUGUACUGCUUACAAACCGAACAUUGACGAUUUGGAAGAUAUUAACCAGGUAAAUUAAUUGCAUAUUUUUGAGUAUAGAAAACGCUCACUGUUGUAUUCGAUAGUCGAGAUUGAAUACCAUGUAUACUUUUUCAGCGUCUACCUUGAACGCUUAAAGUGUACAUAGUAUACAGUAGGUUAUCGUAUUUGAAAAUGUAGCAAAACUUGCAGAGCCACAGAUUAUUUUUUUAAAUUUGCAUGACAAAAAUACGAAUUUUCUCGUUCCCUUUUAAACCACACUUUUGACUCAAACUAUUGAGCAAAAUUACUCAGAUUUAUGAGCAAAUUUAGUCAUUUUUUUAAAUAAACAUUCAGUUAUUUUCUGUCAAAAGUAAUAAACCACAAUACACUUUAUGUUGGAGUUAGUUGAGUAGUCCUGUCUUAACAAUUAACAUAAUAUGUCAAAUUUCACCCUAAUAUUAUAUUCGUAUGGAAUGUAAUCCCUAAUCUUUCUAUAUUAUGUACUUUAGGGUGUACAACAAGCUCUCAUAUUCGAAAAUCCUCACACGCAGUAUUCAAUGGAGGUAAGACCACAUUUCCAUGUUCCAUUUUAGUUUGGAACCUGUUGUUAAAGUGUGCCACUAGCCUAGCUGCUUUGGGUCGUUCUAAAGAAGUAAUGUAACACCUCGUUAAAUUCUGUUCAUUUAAUUGACUGAUUAUGAUCAUGGGAUAUGGAAUAAAAAUUAUUAUUUUGCUGAGCGUACAAUGGAACGCGUUUAAUCCCUGGAAUUUAACGCAAAAACACAUAAUUCGUGCGAACAUGGCUGGACCUGGUAUAAUAAAAACUAUUAUUUUACGAUACCUUGGGUUAGCAACAUGUAUAUAUUCUGCUGACCCCAGCUAAUAAUCCUCAUACUGAGGGGUUUGCUGUAUUGGAAGAUAGAUAGAUAGUUAAAUAAACUCCAUUAUUAAAUGAAUUCUCCACUAAGACAUUUUUGGGACGUUUUUGUUGGAUUUUUAUUAUAUUUGGAAUUUAUUAUAUUCGUAAAAAUAUUUUCAUUCAUUGAAAGAUGAACGAGCCGAGUAGAAUGAAAAUCCCAUCUUCCACUUCAUUCAUUAUUUGAAUAUAAUAAUACAGUCGAAUUUAUCUUUAUUGUAGAAAACCUCAUCUUGAUCAACUCUUUUCACUGUCAAUUUUGUGUGUGUACUUGUAGGUAUUACGUGUCGGCUGGGAACAACUGUUGACUGGGAUCGCUAGGAAUAUCAACGCUGUAGAAAACCAGGUAUUUGGUUUCUUUGAAAACACAGUAAUGCCAAGGUUAGAUACUUUAAAGCCUGAAUACACUCCUGCCCUCUGCCGUAUUUUAGAGGUCAGCUGUGAGGUGACCUCCAAGUGACGUAGCUAAGUGUCUGCGAUCAUGAUGACCUUACAAAAACGCAUUGUAAAUAGCCGAGCUAAUCUUCUAUUAGUAGAAUUAUUCCUAGUAUACUACAGCUCCUCCCAUCCGCUCCCUUUUUCAUAAUCAUCAUUUUCAUUUUCGAAUCAUCGUUAUUGACAAUCGAUUAAUAUCGAUUAAUCGUAUUGAUUAACCAAUUUAAGUUUGACGUAUACCUCCCUGUUGUUUUUACAAACAAUUCAGUCGGAGUUCACACAAGUAGGCAACUGGCAAGACAAUGACGAUGUUUAAAUCUUUCUUGUACAUAAAGGCACCGAAUGCGAUUUGCCAACUCCAAACGAUUUUUCAAUCUUCAAAAGUUAAUAAAACCAUCUAUGAAAAAAAAAUAAAAGCUAUAUGUAGAUCUAUAUGUCGAUCUUAUACUGAAAACUUACUGAAAACUUAAAUCAGAAUCAAAGUUACCUGUCGGUCAUGAAAAUGCUCAGGGUUCGUACAAAACUUGAAAGUCCGUGAAUGUCCUUGAAUUUGAAAACAAAAAUUCAAUGCCUUGUUUGUCCUUGAAUUUGUAAAGAAGUACUUGGAAGUCCUUGAAUUCUUCUUGCUUUAGUUUUUUGAUAUUUUCUGAAAUUGUUUGACAUUCAAAAACGGACAUUUUGUUGAAUUGAUUUUCCAUGUUCAUAUCUGACAAAGCUGUUUGAAACUCAUUAAAGUUGCGUUUUGAAAAAUUCAACGUCAGAUUUUACUGAUUUCUAACCCCUUUUCUUCAGUAUUUACAGUCCUUGAAUUUGCUGAUACAUGGCCUUGAAUGUCCUUGAAAAGUCCUUGAAUUGUCCUUGAAUUUGACUCUUCCUCACAUGUACGAACCCUGAAUACUGAUGAAUCUAUCAUGCUGUGCAGGUUGUUAAUUAGAUGAUCCGAUUAUUGUGAAGUAUAAACGAUUGCGGAAAACACGAUUAAUUGGGAGCAGCUCUAAUUCCUGCUAUAUUAAUACUUUUGGAAUUACUCCUACAGUCCUACUAUAUUAAUACUAUUAGGAUUACUCCUACUAUAUUAAUACUAUUAAUAGCAAAUUUUGUUUGUUUGUAGAUAUUGACCAGGGACUCGAAGGGCAUCACAGAAGAUCAAAUGAAAGACUUCAGAGCCUCGUUCAAUCACUUCGACAGAGUAAGAAACCACCUCUUUUCUUUAGAAAAUAUUUUAAUGAACUCAUAGUCUUCACGAUUCAUGGAUUAUUUUCAGUUUUGAGUAUACGUGGGGCUGUUCCAUUUAACAGGGUUCGUAGCGGUCUUUGAAAUCCUUGAAAGUCUUUAAAUUUGAAUACAGGUCUUUAAGGUCUUGGAAAAAUCUUUGAAUUGUGUGAAAAAGCGAAGAAAGUCUUUAAAAGGCUUUAAAUUCUUUAGUGAGUAUUUGAUUAUACGAUUUCCUAGCUAAUAAAAUAGAUUGAUUGAAGCAAGAUUUUCGCAAAUAUGGACGAAAAGGCGCAUUUUAGGACGGUGAUUUGACGGGACUAAUUACUGGUUAACAAUGGUGCUUGUACACUUUUCAAUUUUUCGACAGCUGUUUGCUCUCAAAGGUCUUUGAAAGUCUUUCAAAAUAGGCAGAAAAAAUCUUUGAAAGUCUUUGAAUUUUUUUGGUCUUGGAGACUACGAACCCUGUUUAAUAUCUGUGCACCCCCAGGGUGUCAAGGAUAGCAAACCGAGACCAUUUCGUUUCGGUCAUAGUAUUAUUUAUAAUAGAUGUUUACAUGACACUGGGACGAAAAUAACUCGGGCCGAUCUCAAGUCAUUCCGCAUGCUGGGCUGAGCCGAUUGAUUUCAGACCGGUAUGAAUUCAGACUGGGAUGAAUGUAAACACAAAUACAUUUCAGACUGGUCUCCGCUGUAACCUUGACAUUGGAACAACACAUGCUAACAAAAGCCAUCUAAAAAAGAAAAUUACCUGGCAAGGGAGGGGAAUAAAUGAAAAAUUUUGUGAUUUUCGUACCGGUCUCAUGUAAACAUUUGACAAUUUCAAUUUUCAUUCCGGUUUGAAUUCGUCCCAGUCUCAUGUAAGCGGGACCUAAGACCUGGAAUUCUUCUCGGGGCUAAUGGUUUUUCUCAGUAUGAGGGUCUUGACCUUGCAAUUCUCACGGGGGGGGGGGGGGUGCUUUGAAAGAUCAUAGAACCCAGUCCAACUAUAUGACGAGCUGAAGACUUCAAUGUACUAGGGAUGCACCAGAUAUCAUAUACGGCUGGAUAUAGUGAGAUAAUUUCAUCCGGUAUCCCUCCAGAUAUUAGAAAUGAUUUAAGGUUUAAAAAUAGGGGUGUUUAUCAUAUUUUACUUGAAAUAAUCAAUUGUGUUUACUUGCAGGACAAGUCAUUGACUUUAGAACCUCAUGAAUUCAAGAUGUGUCUCAUCAGUUUGGGUUAUAAUUUGAAAGAAGGAGAAAAGGUUAGUGAUGGAAGCUCGGCACAGUUGCUCGUAUUUUUUACCGUGUUUCUCGCUGCUAGAAACGACAGCCGUACGAGUCACAGAGGGGAGGUUUGCCAAAGUAGAGGAAGUAAAAUUCAGGUAAACUCUGUGUCAACCAUUACGCCGGUUUUCAACUAGGCAGAAUUUUGCGCGCGGAGCUGAAUUUUUCUGUCUUGUGAUUUCUUGGGUGGAACUAAUUAGAAAAGACAAAGAGAAAUUCCGCUCCGGAAGGGAGAAGAAUUAAAAUUCUCCCCUUGAUUUGCACUCAAAAUGACUUAACUUGGAGUCUUGGACUUGCACAAAAUGACUUGAAUUGGACUCGGACAAAGUGACUUAUGACUUGACGUGGACUUUCAAAAAAUGACUUAUGACUUGACGUGAACUUGUCAAAACUGACUUGGCACUUGAAUUGGACUUACAAAAAAUGGCUUGUGACUUCACUUGGACUUGCAACAAAAACUCGUGACUUGACUUACUUCCCGUAAUGUUAUAAUGCACUCUUGUGUAGGGUGAAGAAGAAUUCAGUCGUCUUAUGCUCACCGUUGAUCCAAAUGAAACAGGCAAAGUAACAUUCCAAGCUUUUGUUGACUUCAUGACACGGGAAGUCGCCGAUACUGACACGGCUGAGCAAGUCAUGGACUCGUUCAAAAUCCUGGCUGGUGAUAAGGUUAGUCUUGACGUCAUUCAACUGAUUCAAGCCGUAGACCGCUUUGAAAAUGACGGUGGUCUUUAUAGGUGAUACAGCUACAUUCUUUCGCUACCUACAAAAAAUUUGGAGUUAUGACCAGGUUAAGCAGGAAAAUUUUAAGCGGGUGUUCUUGGAGUGUAUAACGCUAUUAAAUAUGUUGCUAUUUUUAUACGAAUGAAAUCAUUCAUUUUUCUUUCAGCCUUAUAUUACGGCAGACGAAUUACGCCGAGAAUUACCACCUGAUCAAGCAGAAUACUGCAUUGCAAGAAUGGCACCUUACGAAGGAGAAGACACCGUUGAUGGCGCCCUGGAUUACAUGUCUUUCUCAACUGCUCUGUACGGAGAAAGCGACUUGUAG